AAAGAGAUUUAAAGUUAGUCAUUGUAAGCACACACAGGUGGCAGCAAUGAGAUAAAUACAGAUUAAUACCAUGGUUCAGUGAGUUUCUGAAAAAAUACUCAUGUAGAUUAUCAGGCUUCUUUUUCUCUUUUUUCAUUAUCUUAUACAGUGAAAAAAUGCCAAGGAUGAGCAUAACAUUGAUGUUCCUGUUUUUCUUGCUAAUUUGUGUAUGGCUCUGUGAAGGACAUUCUAUAAAAUUACGCUCCAAAACACAAAAGUCGGUUUCAACUGAAAAAUCUCAAGUUCGUCAGUAUGUUAUGUCAACUAACGCACAAGCACAAGAUGGAGGGCCAUACCAAGGGUCAUACACCUAUGGCAAUAAUGGUCAAUAUCCGUCAGGUUAUGGAAACAUACAAAACCAGUUUGGACAAUCACAGUAUGAUAAUGUGCUUCAAAUUACAGAACAACGACCGCCAAACAAGGGACAUGGUGGUGUUUUGUAUUCUCAUAGGCCAGUGAUCGAUCAUGACAAGGAUAUUCUUCCACCUAACAAUAAAAAGCAAAAACAAGCCAAAACAAAGAAAAUUAUCCUAAAGAAAGAAGAUGACGAAGAAAAGUGAGAAUACGUGUUGAAUAAAACUCGAUUUAGUCCGUUGUAGAUGACUCCCCCACCACAAACAGUGUUUCUAUUGCGCAUUGACUUUAUCAUGUGAAUUGUAUGAUGAACAUGUAUUCACGCAAGGUAUUCAAUAUGCAAAUCAUAUUAACACAUUGAUUUACAAAUUACAUUACUAAAAAUUUCAGGCCAUACGCCACGAAAUUGAUCGCAAAGGAGGGGUGAAUGGAAUAGUACCUGAACUUACUGAAUUCACUGUCUCUCAGCCAUGCCGUUCAGAGAACUGUUUAUCGUUCAGAGAACUGUUUAUCGUUCAGAAAAAAUUGGAGGGAAGGGGUUAGGGUUAGCUAGGGUAUACCAGAGGGGUGGUACCAUUGAGGUGUACUAUGUUACUAUACGCUUACACGAAGUAUUUGAGAUUAUGACUAUGUAAUUAGAAAGAUGGUGAUCAAACAGAGAGGAAUUAUUGGUAAAAUAAAGAAAUUUUCUCCUGAAAUUCAAAGAUUAUUUGCGCUUAGCAACCAGUUCCAAUUUUGUGAGAAAUGUAAAAAAACUGCUUUACUAUUUCGACCGUUUGAUUAUGCAAGUAUCUCAUGCAAAUGUCAAAAACGGAAAGAAACCCACACACCAAGAUUACUUGGUCAAACUUAUCCACAAUGGAAAGUUAUGUGUGAUGUUCAAAAACUGCAUAGUUUGCGUUUCAGAAGACGGUUUAGAAAUCGUGCAAUGUAUAUUUUACCUUUGGGAAACACCGAUGACAUAAUGGAGAAAAAAUUUGACUGUAAAAACAGCAAAAGUUUAAUGAAGUUCGUUGUAAAGUACACGACAUUAUUUUUUCACGGUAUGGAUGUAAAACUUCUUUCUUUCCAAAAUAUUGAAAGUCUUGGUUUUACAAUGAGAAUCAACAAACAAACAAGAAAGAGACAGGUGUUGGUUACUGAUAUAAUUGAAUACUUGAAGAAAAUUCGACCAAAUGAUGCAUUCUGCAUUAUUGGGUGGUCAAGUUUGGAUCUAUAUCCUUGUUCCGAUAUGAACUUUGUCUUGGGCGAGGCAGAUUUUUUAAGUGGAUGUGCUGUUAUUAGUUUUGGUCACUAUGCCAGUAUUGCUAAUAUGAAUGUUAUUAAAAAUCAAAUGAAGUCAAAUGAGAAACAGUUUACUAAAACCAAGUCUUGUUUUAAUCUUUCAUCUCCUUCAUCAGUUAGUCAACCAGAAAAUUGUGGAAAUGCUCAUGACUUAGCUUUUUGGAGGAUACCAAAGGUUCUCACUCAUGAAGUGUGCCAUUUGCUUGGAAUGCAUCAUUGUACGUUUUAUAGCUGUCUUAUGAAUGAAAGCAAUGAUGUUUAUGAAGCUGAAAGCCAACCGGCAUUUCUUUGUCCAAUAUGUUUACGAAAACUACACAAGUUUCUUCAGUUUCCAAUAAUUGAGAGGUAUGAAUUCAUUAAAAAAUUUUUGAAGCAGUAUGCGGAUUAUUUACCAAAGGAACGAAGAUGGUCAAUGAGUGAUUUUAUGAAUACUCACUCAGGAAGCUGGGACUGUAAAGUAGCGCCUUCAGUGAAAAAUAAACUUUUGGCCUCUCAAAACUUGAAAAGAUUCGGAGAUUCUGUGCAAUGGCUGAAAGAUGUUCUAGUGUUUUUGAGACCUCAGGCACAGCUGUCUUUCAAUGCUCAUGAUUAAUUGUGUUGUGAUAAUUUUACUUCCAAACUAUUUGAGAAAAUACGUCCCAAAUCACUGAGUACGCGAACCUGUACAGUUUCCGUGAGUAUCAUGCUGGAAAUGACAAAUACCUGCUUGUAUUCCGAUUAUUACUAUGCGUCACGAUGAUCUAUCAUAUUGAAAUAUUCGUCGGUACUUGUUUCGUCGAGUACGUUUCAUUCUACGUAUAAUAUUUUCAUAUAUCGUUGGAACUUUAUAUUGUCUUUUCAUAGAGAUAAACGUCUAGCAUAGCUUGGUUUCAUUAUUUGGCUUAGUUUUGCUUUGUAUGCGCUAAAUGUUGUUGACGAUCACAACUGAUAGACUCCAAACAUAAUUUGAUAUUUGGUUUAAUACGUGUUAUACAUGUAUGAUGUGAAUGAAGAUGCAACGUUGGACGAAGACAUAUCGACUUUAAUUAAACCUCCUGUGAAUAAAAUAGCGCAUUCCUUUCAUGUUAAUACCUGUGAAUACAAACUUGACAAACUGUUUACGAAACAGCGUUGCAGCUCAAAUAUCAGCAGUGAUGGCAGCAUGGAAGAGAGUCAAGAUAAGUUCAGAUCAAACAAGUCAAGUUUAGAUUUAUUGUAUACUAACAGAAUACGAGAACUUUCCAAAAGGAUUAGCCUCCUUGAUUCAAGUAUCGAGAUUUAUGAUAAUACUGAUGUCGAGGAUGGUUUAACUGAAGACGAAAUGAUUGAGAAUCAUGUAACAAGAUUGGGAAUACUUGUGAAGAAGCAAUCUGCGGCCAUUGUAGAUCUUUCUAAAGAACACAACGCGUAUUUAGUUAUGGAAAAAAAUACAAGACAAAGAUUACAGGCGGAGUUGGAAUAUAAUUGCAAACAAAUGAAAAUGUUUGAUAAUCAACUUCUCUUGCUUCAGUCAACACUUGAUAUCUUAAACUCAAAAUUAUUAAAACGAAAGUCCAUUGUACAUGACAGUUCAAUUAUUCAAACAGAAAGUCGCGCAUGGUCUGGUGUUUCUGGCUCGAACGAACAAACUUAUCCUGCUAUAGAGUCUGCUGCAGUGCUAACUAAAGGUAAAGAAACAAAACUUUAUAGUUAUAAUGCUUUGAAACGUGAUGAUAAAAUUUACACCAAAUUUACGCCAAAUAACGCUAAAUUUACUGACAAUUCGCCGAUGUCUCUUUUGGAAAUGAAAGAAGAGGGAAACGAUAGAAAGAAUAUAAUGACAAGAAAAAAAAUGAUGACUUUGUCAUUUGGUCUCGAAGAUGACGAAUCGUCCAUUUUAGUUUAACGACGCACAUGCAUUAAAGAAAUAUUCGUAAAUGACGAUUCUAUGUUGAUAUCAACAUUUAAAAUAGGAUUCGAAAAUAAUAUAUGCGAUAUUGUAAUUAUUGUACAUUGAUCAAGUUUAUAGGCAUUAGGGUUUUAGGAAUCUUGUGAAUUCCGUAAAAAUAUAUUUGUGACAGUAGGCCUUGCUGUACAGCUGUUCCUAGACAUAACACAUUACAAGAAAAAAUUAUGUCGUAUACGAAAUCGUGUUCCCUAAGAUUACGUUUUUAGAUUAAAGCCCGAAAAAAAAUUCACUGUAUUUUUGUGGACAUACAUCUAUUAUUAUUUUCCAAAACAAGGAUAGAAGCAGAUUCUGUGUACUAUGUUUAUGUUUAUUCAGUUAAAGUUGCUAGUUAUAAUUUAUUCAACUGACAUAUAUUGAUAAAUCCAUCUUAUCAGAACUUAAAUACAGUGAAAUGUUGAACGUUGUUAUUAUA